AAAAGCUAUGCAGAACAAAGCUAGAAUUAUACAUACAAACAUACGUAGAAAACUAAUGGACUAGGGUUUGAUUUUGAUUCAUAUCUCAGAUCAACUAGGGUUUGAUUUCUCGAAAACUAAUGGCCUCUCAUGCGCUCUCAUUACUUGUUCCGCUUUCAGCUUCACAAUUUUGCAAGAAUUCAAGUAUUCGUUCGUUACUUGUUCCUUUCGGUCUCAAAUCGGACGGUUUGGUCAGUUGUUUUGUCGGAAACGUGCUCUCGAUUCGGUCAUCGAAUUCGAGGCAGCAUAGGCAACGGCGGGUCCACUGUCGUAAAGGUGUCGUUUAGUCUCCCAACAACAAAGCCAGAAACCGCUGCUUCUGGGAAAGCCCCAAAAUGGUCCGCAAGGGCGAUAAAGUCAUUCGCAAUGGCGGAAUUGGAGGCAAGGAAGCUCAAAGUAUCCAAAUACAGGCACUGAAGCUCUUCUGAUGGGGAUUUUGGUCGAGUGUUAGCAAUUUUGUAAACAUCUUUGUCCAUUCAUUGGUUAUCACUAUAGGAGUGCACUUGCUAUGCACAUUAGCCUAGAGUUUUCGCUUAAUGGGAGUAGGUGAGUAGUUUAGUGACUAAUACAACUAUUUCUAGAGAGUUUGGACACAGUUUCAUUUUUCC